CUCAUUCUCGUACCCGCACUUACACGCACGACGCACGUGACAAUCAAUGAGCUCCCCGAUGUACGGCGGCGUCGGCGACACCAUUUCCUCGCCGGCGGACGUUCUGAUUCUCACCGCCAGCAAGAGCAGGAUCCCGGCUCAUUCACGAGUCCUGGCGGCGGCGUCGCCGGUGCUUGAGAGGUUGCUGGAUCAGACGGAGAAGCGCAUCGACGGCAGCGGCGGAGCGAUUAGUAUCUCCAUUCUUGGCGUCCCCCAUGGGGCAGUCGAUGCCUUCCUCCGCUUCCUCUACUCUCCCUCCAGGUGCGGUAUGCUGGAGGCGAAGGGGGAGGAGGCGGCGGCGGAGAUGGCGGAACACGCGGUGCACUUGCUGGUGCUGUCGCACGUGUACCAAGUGGGAUGGCUGAAGCGCGCGUGCGAGCGGGCGCUGGCGUCGCGCCUGGCUUCGGAGGCCGUGGUGGACGUUCUGGUCCUCGCGCGGCGGUGCGAUGCGGCCUGGCUCCACCUCCGCUGUAUGAAGCUCAUCGCCAAGGACUUCGCCGCCGUCGAGCGCACCGAGGCGUGGCGCUUCCUCCAGGAGCACGACCCCUGCCUCGAGCUCGACAUCCUCCAGUCUCUCCACGACGCGCACUUGGUAGGCAGGCAGAAGCGGCGGCGGAGGAAGAGGGAGGAGCAGCGGGUUUACACGGAGCUGAGCGAGGCCAUGGAUUGCCUUCAACACAUCUGCACGGAGGGCUGCGCCACCGGCCACUGCCCCGACUCUGCCACCUGCCGUGGCCUCCGGCAGCUCGUCAACCACCUCGCCCUCUGCGAUCGCAAGAAGCGGCAUUCCUGCGGCCGAUGCAAGCGCCUGUGGCAGCUCCUCCGCCUCCACGCCUCGAUUUGCGUCCAGCCUGAUCACUGUCAGGUUCCCCUCUGCUCGCAAUUCAAGCAGAAGAUGGAUCAGAGUAAUGGAAAAGACGAGGAAGAGGAUGAGAAGUGGAGGCUGCUGGUGAAGAAGGUGGUCUCUGCAAGGAUCAUGUCCUGCUUGGCCAAGAGGAAGAGGCAAGAAGGGUUCCAAGACCAGGAGCAGCCAUGGCUGAAGCACAAUUUACUUGAGUGAGCAAAGAAGGGGGAAAAGUGUUCAAUUUAUAGUUGAUAAUGUAAAAAUAAAUAAAAAGAAUUAGCUUCUACUUGAGCUCUGUAUACAUGGAUCUUUCUUCAUAUAAACAAGUGAUUAAUUAUCAAAUCUAGCAUAAUUUUUAAAA